AUGAAGGGAUACACACGUUGUGUGAAGCAUGGAGAGGAAGAAUCAGGAAGUGGUGCAGUUCCUGAAAGAAGUGGUGCAGACAAUCAUGAAGAAGGAGAUGAAGAUGAAGAUGAGCAUGAUAUGUUUAUAACGUCUCCAUUGGGUGGUGAAAUGGUUGAUGUGGAAUCGAAUCUGUUGCAAGACAUGUUACGUGACGUUGAGUACCCGGCAUACAACAAGAGAGAUUCUAUGAAGUUGAACAAGUUGGUCAGUGACUCGGCGACACCUCUGUACGCCGGAUGCAAACCAAAACAUACCAAAUUGUCAGCUACCUUAGAGCUAAUGAAGCUAAAAGCUAGUAGUGGAUGGACCAACAAGACUCUUAUAGAACUACUGGGAAUAAUGAAGACGAUGAUUCCCGAAGAGAACACAUUGCCCGAGACGACAUAUGAAGCAAAGCAGGUUCUAUGUCCCUUGGGGUUAGAGGUUCGUAGAAUUCGUGCUUGUCCAAAUGACUGCGUAUUGCACUACAAGCAAUACGCGGACUUAGAUGCUUGUACUGUCUGCAAGGCAUCUCGGUACAAGAGAAAGAAAGGUCUAAAGCAACCCGGCAAUGAUAUCAACGUGUUCUUGGAGCCUGUUGUCGAUGAUCUUGAGAUUCUUUGGAAAGAAGGCGUGGAAACAUGGGAUGCAGAUAGUCAGGAAAACUUCAAUCUAAGAGUUCUUUUGUUCAGCACCAUUAAUGACUACCCCGCACUCAGUAAUCUUUCCGGACAAACUAUGAAAGGAAAGAAGGCUUGCUCGGAUUGCUUGGAACAUACACGGAGCCGAUGGCUGAAGAAAUCACGAAAGAUGGUCUACAUGGGUCAUCGGAGGUGGCUCCCUCUAAGUCACGCAUUUAGAAGAAAGAAGAAAAUUUUCAACGGGAAGAGGGAACUUCAAUCUGCUCCAAGGGAUUUGUUCGGAGAAGGGGUCCACAACAUGGUGAAGGACAUAACUAAUGAGUUUGGAAAGAAAAGAAAGCGUGAUCAGACAAAGGACAAGGGUAUGUGGAAGAAAAAAUCAAUAUUUUGGCGGCUAACAUACUGGAAAGACCUUGAGAAGAUUAUAGAUCCUGAAAACCUAGAUGGGUUGCAGUCUGAAAUUGUCAAUACCCUUUGUCACAUGGAGAUGUACCUUCCACUCUCUUUCUUUGAUAUCAUGAUCCAUCUGCCUGUUCAUCUGGUGAAGCAAACAAAACUAUGUGGCCCUGUAUUUCUAAGAGAAAUGUGGUCGUUCGAGAGGUACAUAGGGGUUCUGAAGUCAUAUGUCAGAAACAGAGCAAAACUAGAGGGAAGCAUCAUUGAAGGUUACAAGACCGAGGAGGCUAUCAAGUUUUGUGUUGAUUACAUGUCUGAGGAUGAUCCUAUCGGAGUUCCAGCGUCUCGUCAUGAGGGACGGUUGUUAGGUGUUGGCAUAAUAGGCAGGAAAAGGAUUGUCCCCGAUCAAGAUUCCUAUGCGCAAGCUCAUUUCGCUGUACUUCAACACAUGGCUGAAGUGACCCCAUACUUUGAGGAGCAUCUAGAGAAGGUCCAACUAGAGAAUAUGGGUCGGUCAGACACGUGGAUCAACAGAGAGCAUAGUACUCGCUUCAUUGAAUGGUUCAAGAAUCGUAUCGCACGGUUGACCGAUGGCCCAAGUGAGCUAUUGCAAAGGUUGGCAAGGGGCCCAUGUUGGGAUGUUGAUACAUGGCAAGGCUACGAUAUCAAUGGUUACACAUUCUACACCACUACACAAGAUGAGAAAAGCACUGUGCAAAACAGCAGCAUCCGUAUAGAUGCAUAUCAGGAUCAAUCUGGAUCAAACAUAUGCUAUGGCCGCAUUCAGCAAAUUUGGGAACUUAACUACGUAAACUUCAAAGUAUCUUUGUUUCGUUGUACCUGGGUCAAUAUACGCACAGGUGUGAAAGUUGACAAGGAAGGAUUCACGUUGAUCGAUCUGGCCAAAAUUGGAUACGUCGACGAACCAUUCGUGUUAGCCAAGCAAGUCCAACAGAUUUUCUACGUACAAGACCCUGCAAACAAGCGAAGAAUUGUUGGGGUUGACAACGUCGUGGAUGAGGAAGAAUACAACAAGAGCCUUCAUGUCAGACCUCAAAUCAACAUCGAAGACAAUCCUGAAGACGAUGUGGCGUACGCUUGUUCGGACCAUUCAGAAGGCAUAUCUUUGUAA